GCGUAACUAAAACCCUUUCUCCCUCUCUUUCUCUCUUUCUCUGUAACCCUUAAACCCCACUCCCCUCGGCACUUAAAAGUUUGAGGCAAGUUACUCUGUCUCGUUAUUCAACGCCUCUCUCAGAGGUCUUUGUCCGAGCUAGGGUUCUUCAUCAUCACUUGGCAGUACUUGAAAGUUCGUUAAUAAAGCCUUCCAAACUAGGGUUCACUUGGCAGUCGGUGCUUCUUUCUCUGCAACAAGGCAUGUUCUCUACCAACCUCCCAUCUGUAAAAUGUUUCCUUUUCAACCCCCCUUUCCCCAUCUUCCCAACCAAAUACAAAUGGGAGGAAGUAACUUCUCAACUCCACAACAGGUCAUGCCAUCCAAUCAAGGUGUCACAAACCAAUCAAAUUUUUCUAAUGGCUUCAAUCCUGGAGUUGUGGCUCCGUAUGGAAUCUUUUCUGCCAUGCCUAAUGCCCACUUUCUGAAUGUCGCUAACCCUCAUCCACAAAUGCAGAAUAGCCAUGUUGGGAGACCUUUUCCUGGUUCUGGUCCUCAUAAUAUGAAUUCUGUCAUGACAUCUCCACAAUGUGGGAAUUCUCAAAACUUUCCGCAGAAUACGAGUCAGCAAGGGCCAUUGUUUAUGCAAAAUCACAAUAGACCACCCUUUCAGUCAUAUCCACAGGCAGUAAUGUUUAAUCCAUACAGUCAGCCUAUGGCCAUGAACCAACCUACUGGUUAUCCACAGAGUCAGUUUGUACAAAUGCCUGUCAAUCCUUCUCAAGGUCUGCCUCAUAGUGCACAUCCAUGUCCAAAUCCCUUGUGGGGGAACCAACAAAUGGGCUUCAUAAAUUCCAGUGGAGUUGCAUCGCAGAAUGCACAAGGUCUGCAUUCGUUUAACCCAAUCCCAGCAGCUCAGAAUACAUCUCAAAAAAUUUCACAGGGGAACAAAACUAAUGAUGGUGGAAAAGAUGCCUCAAACAUCAGCCAGAAAAGCUUUCACAACAAAAAAUUUACAAAGAAUCACCAGGAAUCUGGUAGAGGAGAAUUACCAAAUUCAAGAUUUCAAAAAUCCAAGUUUCAAGCCAGGGAAAAUGCCAAGGGAAAUUUCAAGUCCAAUAAGGGAAAGGGAGGAAAAGGUCCACAAAAUGCUGGUCCUGGAAAAUCUCUACUGGAUAAUUCUGUCAAGCAUGGUAGCGAGGAACCUAAAAGAUUUCCCCGUCCAAAUUAUUCAGAACGAGAAAUCCAGCAAUGGCGUGAAGAAAGAAAGAAGAACCAUCCUCUGAGGUCCAAUGCGGAGAAGAAGUUGGCUGAUAAACGCUCUGAAGAGGCGAAAAGGCGGCGUCAGCAACUUAAGGGGAUCCUUGCGAAGCAGGCCGAGUUAGGUUGUGAUAUUGCUGAAUUACCGCCAAAUUAUUUAACAGACUCUGAAAAGGAAGGAAGGUUUCAAAACAAGCACAACAAAAGGGGAAGACGUGGCAAGCAAAACCGAUUCUCCAAAAAGCAGAAGGCGGGGAACGGAGAAGAUUCAGUUGCACAGCCUGAUAUGUGCAGGGAGCCAACCCUUCUUCAGAAACUUCUGAGUGCAGAUAUUAAGAGAGAUAGGAGCCAUCUUCUGCAAGUUUUCAGGUUUAUGGUGACAAAUUCUUUCUUCAAAGACUGGCCAGACACGCGAUUAGAGUUUCCUUUGAUCACCAUUAAAGAAGGAGAGAGUAAAGGUGAGAUCAGUGAAGAGAUAUCUUCUCCAAUUCUGGAUCAUAGUAAUUCUAUAUUACAAGGUGAUGAAGAAGAUGAGGAUAAUGACGAGACGAAGGAGGAAUCUGACACUGAAGAGGGCGAACUCACAGAGUAGGGUGAAGAAAAGGGUUCCUUGUACAUAUUCCUUCUCUAUUUUGUGCGAAUACUGGAUAGAAUCCUGUUAAUGUAACUAGUAUCCUGCGGUUUUUGUGAAUUAUAGAGUAUUUGCUUGAUGAUCCAGGCAUGUUUUUCCUAAUGUUGUACUUGUUUUACAAUUGAAACAGUUUGAAAGAUAAUGAACUGCCAAACAUUUAGCUUCCA